AUGGUAGAGUGGACUGACGCCGAGCGCAAGGCCAUUAAAGCCGUGUGGGGAAAAAUAAAUGUGGAUGUGACUGGGGCCCAGGCUUUGGCAAGAUGUCUCAUCGUGUACCCUUGGACUCAACGCUACUUUGGCUCCUUUGGGUCCCUGAGUGACCCAGCAUCCAUUUUGGGUAACAAAAAAGUGGCUGCUCACGGCAAAGUUGUACUGAACGGACUCGGAAAAGCGGUCCAGAACAUGGAUAAUAUCAAGAGCACCUAUGCGCCCCUGAGCGUGUUGCACUCCGAAAAGCUUCACGUGGAUCCGGACAACUUCAGGCUCCUUGGUGACUGCCUGACCAUUGUUGUGGCUUCCCAGCUUGGUCGCGCCUUCACUCCGGACAUUCAAGCAGCAUGGCAGAAGUUUCUGGCAGUUGCAGUCUCUGCACUUGGAAAGCAGUACCAUUAA